AUGGCUUCUUCCUCACUUCCUGGUAACUUCAUCGUCUCUAAAGGAAAGGGAGAUCUCCCCAUGGUCACCCUCCGUCACCCCAAGUACUCCAAGGCAUCAUGUGACGUCUACGUAUACGGUGCUCACGUGGCUAGAUGGACCGACCGAGAAGGCAACUCCAACCUGUAUAUGUCCCCUAUCGCUGACUAUGGUAACGGUAAGGCUAUGAGAGGCGGAGUCCCUGUCUGUUGGCCGCAAUUCGCUGGUAACGGUCCCUUCCAGAAGCACGGCUUCGCGAGGAACACUGAGUGGGAGCUCGACAGCUACAGCACCGAGGAGGAUCCGUGCGUUACAUUCAAGCUGGUUUCGAACGAAUUUACUAAGGAAACGAUGGGAUGCCCAUUCGAAUUCGAGUUGCGGUAUACUGUAACUCUAGGUGGAGACUAUUUGGGGAUGCAUAUGGAAGUGGUGAAUACUGGUGCGGAGGCUAUGCAGUUCACAACAGCUCUUCAUACGUACUUUUCGGUCGGAGAUAUUGCUACGACAACAGUGGCUGGAGUUGGCGAGCAUCAUUACAACGAUACGGCUCAGGGAGGCAAGGACUGUAAGAAAGGCAAUUCAUAUAGUUAUGAUGGGAAUUCGGUGGUUGAGUUUAAUGAGGGUAUUGUGGAUAGAGUGUAUAAGCAAGCAGCUGGCCCCGCUCAUAUACUUUGUGACGGUUUUGAGAUAUUGAUGGUUGAGAAGAGCCCGUCGUUCCCGGACACUGUUGUGUGGAAUAUUGGCAGCGACUCGUUAGGCGAUAUGCCGGCGGGGGACUUCAAGAGAUACAUUUGCGUCGAGUCUGCAGCCGCAGUAGAGCCGGUGAAGGUAGCCCCUGGUGAUUCAUGGGAAGCUGACCAGAAGCUUACCAGAUGCCUUCCUAAUAGUAACGGCAGCGCUUGA